UUAAAAGUCACUGAUGAAAAGUUUAAGCUUAUUUUUGUCUUUGCUCAGCCUAUGUAUCUGCUGUUUUGAAUAUGGCAUGUAAUUCUCCACUUUGUGGCAUCUGCUAUUCCAGACAAAGGUUUGUACCAUCUACUGCAUGGUGUUUUGGAUGUAAUGAAGGACUCUGUAAAAAAUGUAAUGGAUAUCAUGUCUUGAACAAAGCAUCGAAAAGUCAUGGAAUUAUACCUUUAAACGAAUAUCAAAAGUUACCUGUUCGUGUUCGUCAAAUUUCCGACUCCUGCAAAUCUCAUAGUGAAAAAUAUCAAGCAUACUGUCAUGAACACGAAUGUUCAUGUUGUACAAAAUGUAUCAUAGAGGAACAUAAGAACUGCAAAGAUCGCACAGACAUACAUGAUUUUAUAAGCAGCAUAAAAUCUUCAAACAUGAUUUUGGAGAUCGAAAAUUCAUUGCGCGAGGUAACUGAAAAUUUGAAAAAGAUUCAUGAGAAUCGCACGGUAAAUUUAUUAUCACUCACACUCUACAAACAAGACAUUGAAAAAGAAAUUCGGAAAUCUAGAAAUGAAAUGAAUGAACACUUUGAUCGUCUUGAAAGGGAUUUAUUGACAGAACUCCAAACAAUUGAAAAUGCCGAAAGAAGAAAAAUCAACAAAAUUUUGGAAUCUGUAGAGCGGAAACAAAAAGAGAUGGAUGGGCUUCAGAUAAGUCUUGCAAUAAUAAAGCUGCAUGCAUCCGACCUACAAACUUUCCUUGUCAGUAAACAAAUUGAGAUUGAAUUGGUGAAUACAGUCAGCAUCAUACAGUCUAUGCAAGAUAAUAGAGAAUUAUCAGAUGUCAUCAUCUUUUUCCAAACUAAUGAUAAAACGAAAAGUCUCGGAAAUAUUUGUAAAUUUGGUGAAAUUGUUGUUCAGAUCAGUAAAAGGAAUAUGUCUUUAGUAAGACAGACAAGCAAACAAGCACAGGCAAGAGUUGCUGAUGUGACCAAGUGUAGCCUUUACCAUCAGUAUGACAUAAUAAAAACUGAGAAAGAUCCUUGUUUCAUUGUCACGGUGAAACCAAGUGAAGAUGCAUUCAACUUUGGAUUAGAUGGACGAUAUAGACUGCGUCUUACAUCGAGUUGUUUUAUAUUAGAAGACAUUGAGAAAAUGACAUCAAAAUGUUGUUGGCCAUAUGACAUAGUACGAAAAUAUGGAAAGACAGGAAUCCAAAAAGAAUUAACAAUCACUGUAGGGAGACAGAAUGUUUUAGGUGAAGGUACCGUCGAAUUUAAGUGCAGUUCAUUUUUUCACCCAGGUAAAAUUAUCCGUUUUUUUCAAAUUAUUAUAAAAAAGAUGCAAUCAGAUCUCAAACAUUAAAUUUAAUAUAUGUUUGAAUAUUUCAGCGUGUUUCUGGACAUAUGAUCGCGUUUUAUAAAUGUAUAUUAAAGAUUGUUGUGACGUCGGUCUAUUGUUUUGUCCGUUUUUUAUUUCUGUGAGAAACCAUUAUGUUAGCCUUAAAUCUCAAGUAUUUAUAAGAAUAACCAUCCUCUUUCUUAAAAAUAUUGUACAGCUAAAGGUAGCAUAAUUACAUGUAAAUUCAUGAUAGUUCAAGAAAUGAAAGAAAAUGAAAAAAAUCGAAAACACAAAUUUUAACUCCACAAAACAUUUUAAUUAAAGUCACCUUCCAAAACUAUAAUUUGGUCGCACAUCAAUACGGUUUCAAAUUGGUUUUUAAC